AUGCUGGUUUUCAGGGCAUCCAGCAGCCCGUCAUCCACUAGAACCCCGGUAACCCUCUCCCCAGCCUCCUCCCGCGACUUUAAUUGGCCCACCGUCAGCGAAUUUCCCCUUGACGUUUGGUCCCUUCGUCGCUUCUUUUCUUUCUCUUCUCCUUUGACCAUCAACGACUCGAGCAAUUCCUUUGCCCGCUGCCGCUCGAUCAUCCCCUACGACGAGGCCGAAACCGACGACGGCUCCAAAGACAUCGCCGUCUCCGAUUCAUCACAUUCUCUUGACACUACCGAGAAGAGCUUAGCGACAUCCCGCACUCGUCGCAUUCUUUCAUUUUCUGUCUCGGGCUCUAUCUUCCGCCAGUACCGGCCCCGUGCACUUCGAUUACGGCUUCGGUCUCAUCAAUCACGCUUCUACUCACGUUUACGUGAGAGAAACCUCGCCAUAUCUCUCGAGCGCGGUCGUCUUGGCGACCGUGCCGACAACCUGUUUCCGACGGAUUCUCUACUCUCCCGACCUCCUCCCUCCGAUCAAGUACCGGCCACCGUAGAUGCCCCGGGCAAAUCUAUAAUCCUGAGCCUCGAUCCUCCACCGUCAGCCUAUCCCAGAACCGGAUCAUCUUCUGGUCCAGCCGUCGCUUUGAACCAACAAUAUCUGCAGAGUCGAACCGUCGACGGCCAUCAACCAUCCACGUUUCACCCUUCGCCAUUUCGACCUCAAAAGGCUGCUGGAGCUGCGCAUCGCGCUCGUCGUCUAUCAGCCGCUCGUCUCUGGAACCCUACGAAUUCGACUCCUCGACCGCAUACCAAACCCGAACCGUCGCGCAGACGCCGUCCAUCGACUCCACCACCGCCAUCCAUCCCGCUUCUGCAUCCUACUUUCGACCCGCGAGCACCCCCCGAUUCCCUAGGUGCCGGGCCCAGCGACUACCCUCUCCUUACACUUCCGGAGCAACGGCAAAUCAGGCAUUCUUUAACACCGCGCGCAAGUCUUCAGAUAGAUAGGGCAGGAAGCAGCGACCGACGGAUAAGUCUACCAAACUCGGUGCGCGCAUCCUACGACGAGAAGGGAUCUCGACGAGGCGCAGUGUCGGCUGAAGAGUAUCGCCUCAGUCGGGAUAUUUUGGCCCAAGAUUCUGUUUCACAAGGUGCAGGCAUCAAAAUUGACAAGGGCAAAGGGAAAGCCGUAAUGAUGCCUGAGAACGACGACGCCAUGCCGUCGUAUAGCCAGGACUUGGAGCGUGGACCGGAUAUCAUGGACCCGCGCAUGUCCAAUGUCUCGGCUGGUGAUGGAAUUGGAUCUGCUAUGUCAACAACGAACUCUUCUAUCAUGGGCGAAGAGGUUGAGCCUGACGCAGCUGGUGAAUGGGGACCUCAGCAUCCUUGUUAUCCUCACCUGAAUCCUCAUGUACCUGUGGAUUCGCCUGAAUAUGUCAACACUCGCAUUAUCCGAAUUCGCCGCGACUGGCUGAUCAAAGGCGAUCUGGCACCCACUUUUUCUAACCUCUAUCCCGAAAUCCUGGAUCCUGCUGGCUUGUCUGAACAAGAAUUUCGCCGCAUUAUCGAGAAGCUUAAUGGCGAACUGGUACCCGCCUUCGACCCAUACAGCGCGAGAAAUAUCAUGGAUAGCCUAUUGGGACUUGUCACAGGUUGGGUCUGGGAUGAUUUAGGCCUGACUGGCGUCAAGUCUCGACUCAAUAACCUUGAGAAGUGGAUUGAACAAUGGAAUCUUGAGAUGGAAAAGACCAUUGGUGCUGAGGAUGGUGUCUUACCGCCCAAAAUCCUACCCCUACGACAAACAGGUUAUAUGACGCUCGACAUUCAAAUUCCCGACCCUGAGAUUGCGCCAGCACCCAGCACUACCAACCCCAACGAGUCGAGGACAGCCUUACCGAUGACACCCGCGUCCGCCGUUGUUGCUUGA